AUGCCUCCCUACAACCUGCCGCCAAAAAGUCCAAUAAAUGACUCUGACGCUAAUGCCUGUCUGUGUCUAUGUAAGGGGUCCUUGUCCCCGCCUGUACAAGGGGCUUACAGUGACCCCAAAACCUCAGACGAGGUGGGACCGGGGGCCGGUGAUACGCUGUUCCAACCUACCUCUUUCCCCCAGCAAUGGUGUGAGAGGGUGAAUCCAGAGAACAAGGCAGCCCUGGAGGCGUGGGUAAGGGAGACUGGCAUCCGCCUGGUGCAGGUCAACGGGCAAAGGAAGUAUGGCGGACCACCCCCAGGCUGGGUGGGCAGCCCGCCACCUUCAGGGUCCGAGGUGUUUAUCGGACGGCUACCCCAGGACGUGUAUGAGCACCAGCUGAUCCCACUCUUCCAGCGCGUGGGGCGUCUCUAUGAGUUCCGCCUGAUGAUGACCUUCAGUGGCUUGAACCGCGGCUUUGCCUACGCGCGCUAUAGCUCGCGGCGUGGUGCCCAGGCCGCGAUUGCUACGCUGCACAACCACCAGCUGCGUCCUUCUUGCCAGCUUCUGGUGUGCCGAAGCACCGAGAAGUGCGAGCUGACAGUAGACGGGCUGCCUCCGAGCUUGAACCGCCAUAUGCUUCUGCUGGCCCUACAGCCCCUGGGUCCCUGCCUGCAGGAGACAUUGCUGCUACCCAGUCCGGGGUCAGCGCCCUCUCAAAUUGCGCUGCUCAAGUUCAGUACGCACCGAGCCGCUGCCAUGGCCAAAAAGGCCCUGGUAGAAGGGCAGUCACGCCUUUGUGGAGAACAAGUCGCUGUGGAGUGGCUCAAGCCAGAUCUGAAGCAGCACUUCCGCCAGCAGCUUGCAGGCCCCUCACUGCGGUUCCUACGGCCAGAGGGCAGCCAAGUAGCCCAGAGCAGGGACAGGCUAGGGUCCCAAGGGGCUAGGGCUGCUCUGCAGCUACUGUGUCAGCGAAUGAGGCUAGGCAGCCCAAUGUUCCUUACCAAAUGUUUAGGCACAGGUCCUGCUGGCUGGCAUCGCUUUUGGUACCAGGUUGUAAUCCCUGGUCACCCAGUGCCUUUCAGUGGCCUCAUUUGGGUUGUGCUGGCCUCUGAUUGGCAGGAUGGGCAUGAGGUGGCUAAGGAUGCUGUGUCUGCGCAGUUGCUAGAAACACUGAGUGAGUCUAGGACCAGCUUGUGGUCUCCUAGGGCUGAAGCAGGUAUUGUGAUUAAGCAGUGACCCUUCCCCCUCCUCUUAACAGGCAGCCUAAAAGAGUAGGCAGAACCUAUGUCAAUCCCCAGCCCAGCAGGUCUGGGCAGCAACUACUGACUGGAUCAAAAAGAGACAGGGGCCUGGUGAUAGCUUCUUUGCUGGGGCGGGGCCCUGUCACACCUAAGUGCUACUUUAGUUGUGAGGAAACUUGUCCUUCCCCCAUUGAGCCUAGGAUCAGAUUUGACCUCUGACUUAAUAUCCUUGGCCAAUUCCCAGUUUGACAAAUAAUUCAUUAUACCCACAAAAGCUUACUAUGAAUCUUUGUUUUUAUUUGGAGAACUGGCUGAGCUAAAGGGCCCCUCCUUGUUUUUGUUUUGUUUUUCCUAUACUGGUUAUAUUUAUAUUAAACCCCUGGUUGUUAU